AUUGCUCAAUUGAGAUUAUCUUGCUCAGUGGCUCACUUGUGUUCAGUGUGAACGGAGAAAUGCUCCUCAAGGGGACUCUCUUGGUGUUCUGUGUGGCCAUCCUGGCUGAGGAUGUGCUGGGGUGUCGCAAAGUGCCGCCCUUUGAGAACUACAGUCGCAGGACGAGGGGCGACAAUGGGUAUCGACUGAUCAUUGGCGGAGAGCCGAACGGAUAUGAGCCAGGGAAGAUCUAUAAUCUGUUUCUGCUCGGCUCACGAACACACACGCGUCUGCAGCAGUUCACGCACUUCAUGCUGAGUGUCCAGGCGUCGUCCACGCCCAAUCUCAACACAGCGAUCUUCUCCAUGGCCAGCCCCAAGCGAGUGGGGCGCUUCCAGCUCUUCAGUGACUCCCUGACGCGCUUCAAUGAGAAGUGCGUCAACACUGUUUCGGAGGCUGACGAUCUGCCCAAGACAGAGAUCCAAGUCAUGUGGGUGGCGCCCGCCGCGGGAUCGGGAUGUGUGGCCCUAUCAGCGAUGGUGUAUGAGAACCAGGAUGCCUGGUAUUCAGACGACGGCGGCCUCACGAAGAUCAUCUGCGAAGGAAAACCCACGAGACAAUCCAUCGCCGGCGAAUGCUGUGCCUGUGACGAUGCCAAAUACAACUUCAUCUUCGAGGGUAUCUGGUCCAAUGAGACCCACCCGAAGGACUAUCCAUUUGCCGUGUGGCUCACGCACUUUUCCGAUGUGAUUGGCGCCACGCACGAGACCAACUUCUCCUUCUGGGGCGAGAAUCACAUCGCAACGGACGGCUUUAGGAAUCUCGCUGAAUGGGGAUCUGUGCGUUCUUUGGAGGUGGAAUUGCGGGCCAAGGGAGCAAAGCUGAGGAGUCUCAUCAAGGCUGCCGGUUUGUGGUAUCCCAGUGUGAACACCAACACGUCUUCUCACUUCCGCGUGGAUAGAAAGCAUCCGAAGAUGUCCCUGGUCUCAAUGUUUGGGCCUUCGCCCGAUUGGGUGGUGGGAGUCAACGGGCUGAAUCUCUGCCAGGAAGAUUGCUCAUGGAAGGAUUCACUGGACAUUGAUCUCUUCCCCUGGGACGCUGGAACCGACAAUGGCAUCACAUAUAUGUCUCCCAAUUCAGAGACACAGCCCAGGGAGAGGAUGCACAAAAUCACCACGAUGUACCCAGAAGACCCUAGAGCGCCAUUCUAUAAUCCUACCGGGCAGGAGAUGGUGCCUCUGGCCAGGCUGUACGUGAGGAAAGAGAGAAAUAUUCCUCGUGGCUGCGAUGAGGACUUCCUCCAGGGACAGCUGGACGUCUCAGAGAAUACAGAAGAAACUUCUAGGCCAGAGUGUGAGACGACAGAAUUUUCCACCUGGACACCUUGUUCUGUAACCUGCGGAAAGGGCAUCCGGAUGAGGAAUCGACAGUAUCAGAAUGCUGACAAAGCAGCAAUGUUCCAGUGCAAUCGCCAACUAGUGUCAAAGGAAAUGUGUGUAGCCGACAUCCCAGAAUGCGAAGGAGGUCAAAGUGAUGACGAUGAAGAUGAGAAUCUCGGUGCUGCUGCUCCUUCGGUUGACGACGAUGGAGAGGGUGUUGGCGUGUGCAGGACGACGGCCUGGUCUUCCUGGUCAGAGUGUACAGCCUCCUGUGGUGUGGGCAUUUCCAUGAGAACGCGCACUUUCAUCGAUCACAAAGGCAGAAAGAAGUGUCCUCACAUCACAAUCGUUGAGAAGCAGAAGUGCAUGAUGCCCGAGUGCUCUCUUGCAGACAUUGAGAUUCCAGAUCCCAUGUGUCCAGUAACACAGUGGAGUGACUGGAGUCCUUGCAGUGCCACUUGUGGUCAAGGAGUGAAGGUCAGGACGCGAAUCUUCCUCGGAGAUCCUUCUCUGAAGCAGAAAUGUGAAUCCAGACUGCAAAUGGCGCAGAACAGGAACUGCACUGAUCGACCGGAUUGUAUUCUGGAUCCUCAGAUUGCCAGGGAAGCUUGUCUCCUGCCUCUGGACGCCGGACCUUGUCGUGGAUCCUUCACUCGCUUUGGAUAUCUCCAAGAGAAUGGUCGGUGUUCUUCCUUCACUUACGGCGGCUGUCGUGGGAAUCAGAACAACUUUGCCGUUAUUGAAGAUUGCCAGAGAUCUUGUGAGGCUCUGAAGUUGUCUUCUGUGGUAGAAACUGCUCCAACUGCAGCCACUCCGACGAUACUUGACGCAGGAGCUCUUCCUGUGGAUUGUGUCCUCUCGGAAUGGUCUCCUUGGUCAGCGUGCAGCGUCUCCUGUGGAGCUGGACAUAGUGAGAAGCGUCGCUUUGUGAUCCAGGAGGGACUCAACGGUGGAGCUGAGUGUCCUAAGAGGGUUGUGAAGAGGAAGCGCUGUCUGCGACCAGAUUGCUAAAGAGAUUAUUCUUCAUGAUUCACUUACAGUCAGAAAAUAAAUGGGAUCUCGAGGAUCUCUCUAAA